UUUUAAUUUUGCAGAGUUACAACAACAUUUUUCGAACGACCGUUGCUUUGAUUUCGCCGGACCGUUGUAGAAAUAAAAGUUGUGAUAAACAAUAUUUCUAGUGGGUGUUUCCUAAUUAAAGUGAAAAUGAAGUCUGCGAGAUCCAAACCGAGACUGAAUGAGAUGCGUACACCGGCAAGAAGUAAGCAAAACUUGAUUACUGGUGAUCGCGAUCCCGUUGAAGUUUACUGUCGAAUAAGACCAAUGGACAGAGAAUCUGUUACUCCAUGUAUAAAGAUAAUUUCGCCUACAACAUUACUCUUAACCCCUCCUUCGACUGCAUUAAGCUACAGAAAUGAGAAUACCAAAACUAUGAAGUACACUUUUAAAGAAAUCUUCCCUCCUGAGACGUCUCAGCAAGACGUUUUUGAUAAAGUCGCUUUACCAUUAGUAAAAGGUUUGAUCAUGGGUAAAAACGGUCUGUUAUUCACCUACGGAGUUACUGGAAGCGGGAAAACCUUCACAAUGACUGGUGACCCUAAUAAUUGUGGAAUUUUGCCCAGAAGUUUAAAUAUACUGUUCAAAAGUAUAAAUGAUUAUCAGGCCCGCAAAUAUGUGUUUAAACCUGACAAGAUGAACUUGUUUGACGUUCAGACGGAAGCUGAAGCCAUGUUGGAGAGACAACAGGAGCUGCACAAGAUUAAAAGUAAUAAAAGAAAUAAUUCUAACCCUGAUUUGAUUAUGUCCUCUUCAAAAGACUCCAAAAUUGAGGGCAUCAAUGAGGACAAUCAAUAUGCUGUAUUUGUUACAUAUGUAGAAGUAUACAAUAAUAGUGUUUUUGAUUUAUUAGAAGACGGACCAGCAUUUUCAAAGAAUUUAACAGCUAAACUAAUAAGAGAGGAUGCGGCUCGCAAUAUGUAUGUCAAUGGUGUCACUGAAAUCGAAAUAAAAUCAGCUGAAGAAGCGUUUGAUGCUUUCUAUCUUGGUUUGAAACGAAAAAGGAUGGCUCAUACAAAUUUGAAUGCCGAAUCAAGCAGAAGUCACUCUGUUUUCACUAUUAGGUUGGUGCAGGCACCAGUAGAUGCUGACGGUGAAGCCGUAAUACAGAAUAAAAAACUGGUAACCAUAAGUCAGCUGAGUUUAGUAGAUUUAGCUGGUAGCGAGCGCACAAAUAGAACGAAAAACACUGGACAGAGAUUACGUGAGGCUGGGAAUAUAAAUAAGUCGCUGAUGACUCUCCGGAACUGUCUGGAAGCAUUACGGGAAAACCAGAUCAGUGGUACUAAUAAUAUGGUUCCGUAUCGCGAAUCGAAAAUCACACAUUUGUUCAAGAAUUUCUUUGAAGGUGAGGGACAGGUGCGUAUGGUUGUUUGCGCUAAUCCUAAGGCAGAAGACUACGAUGAGACAAUACAAGUUAUGAGAUUUGCUGAAAUGGCCUCUGAGGUGGAAGUAGCCAAGCCACAGCUUACUGACAUCGGAGCUACUUUAGGUCUCAUGUCAGGUAGACGCAAGGCGAAUCGUCUAUUCCAAGCUGCCAGAGACAACAUGACUCGUCCUGAAGCUAAAGACUUAGAAUUAGAUUUAGGUCUAGUAUACAGCCUAGGUCCAGACUUCCCGAGUUUAGAACUAAACAGUUCUGAAGCUGCUCAUGUUAUUAAAGAAUUAAUGGCACAUUUAGAGAUGAGGAUAAGUCGUAGAGAAAUGCUUAAACAAAGUAAAGCAAUCAAAGAUGAAAGAUUUCGUUCAGCUUUGCUUGAUUUGGAGAAGGAAUCCAUGGAAAUUCGAAGUGAGAACGCAUCUCUUAAAGGUCAGCUAUCUGCCGCUGAAAGACGAGUAAGAGCUCUAGAGGAACGUUUGACCGGCACGGAAAGUUCUUCCAUGACCCAUCAGAGGAAACUCAACGAAUUGACCGAAUAUGCAUCGAGUCUGAAAAGGGAACUACAAGAGAAGGACCAACUCAUAAAUCAGUAUAAGCUAGAGAAAGAGAAGCAGAAAAAGAUCCUAGAGAGAAAGUUUAAUAAUAAGAUUGCGGCAGAACACGAGAAAGCUAAGGAAAUAAAUUCUGAAAUGGAGCGAUUGAGGAACAUGAAUGAAGAAAAGGAAAACCGUCUUCGUAUUAUAACACAAGCUUUGAAUUGCGAACGUGAUAGAGGCGAUAACACUGAUGUUCCAAAGAGCACAGCUGAUGUACACACAUAUUUCACUCCGGGGAGUACACCCAGGGCUUUACCAGCGCAUUUGUUGACUCCAUUCACUUCUACAGUCCAAAAUAAGGACAACACACCAACGUCUAGACGUGGUGUAGCAGUCGCCAACCCUCGGCACCGAAGAUCUUUAUCAGCUGACGGGCGAGGAUGGGUCGAACACGCUCCAAAUAAGCUAGUCCCAAUGGGAACUGUAAUGAAACCUACUUUAGUACACAGCAAAGUUGUUAACAAACUGAAAAGUGUCCGGGAUAUAGCUAAUUCAAAAACACAGAACUACUGUUUAAUAUCACAAGGCCAAGAUACGGAUGGAGAGUUGGAAACGAAGGUGUACAAAGGUGAUGUAGUCCCGACUUGUGGUGGAGGAGCUCAAGUAAUAUUCAAUGAUGUGGAACUCUUGAAACAGUUUUCGCCGAAUCGUGAGUCUCAGUCGACAAGUCGUGUCUCUGGUCCGUCGUGUGCAAGGCACUCUGGCAAGAGAAGAGAUUCAGCCCACUCCCCACCUCAAACACCGUCAAAUACGAGUAAGAAACAAAGAAUUGAUGAUGAUUAAGUAUUUUGAUCACCAAACAGAGAACGUCCAGUUUGUUCCCAAUGUGAAGAUGGGUUUGCGCACGACUUUUUGGAAACAAACUUGGGUAAUACUUAGCAUAAACCCAUCUAUAUAAUAAUUGUGUAUUAAUCCCGGGUUAAAGCCCAAUUGCAUGGGUAGAUCGAGUGAUUACAUUACUGGGUUUAAAAAAAUGGCAUCUGAGGUUCACAAACAAAACAUAUAAAUUAUUUUUGUAAUUGUUUAUGUAUUUUUGGAAAUAUAUAUAGGUACAAGAUGUUAGUGGAUUCGGGUAUCAUUUUUUUCGAUACUUUUAUCAGCAUAACUUGAUUAUAAUGUGUUAAAUUUAUUGAUAAUUUGGCAUAUUAGCCUUUUGUAUACUGAAGUGUAAUUAUGAUUCUUAAUUUUUACAUUGCAAACUAAAAUUUAUUGAAUUUUGUGCGAAUCAACUGAAUAGAGAAAUUCAAAGAAAAUUUUGAUUUUAUGACAUCUUUACUAAUAUUAUAAAUGCGAAUGUUUGUGAGGAUUUAAAUGUAUGUAUUUUUGUGAAUCUUUCACGCAAAAUCUACUGGACCUAUUGUUGUGAAAUUUGGUACAUGGGUAGAAUACAACAAUAACACAUAGGGUACUUUUUAUCCCGUAAUUCCCACGCGAGCAAGCCCCGGGGCGCAGCUAGUUAAUUACUUCAAAGUUUCCAAAUAUCAUAAAUAAGAUUUCAAUGGUGUUAUGUAAUUAAACUUAAAAUUACAAUUAAAUUUUACAAUAACUUUGUGGUGUUAAAAUUGAUUACUGUGAUUAAAUUAAAAUUUGAUCUUUUCUUUUAGGUAUAAUUACUUUAAUAAAAUACUAAACACAUUGAUGGUUAGUCUAAUCAUUUUGUCAAUCUGUAAUUAUAAAUUUUUGAGCUGCAGUCAGCCUAUCGUCUCUUUCUCAAAUUAUCAUCAGGUCAUAUAUAAAACACUUGAUAUUUUCAACUUUUAUGUAUGUUCAUAAAUAUGUUACUUGCCCUGUUAUUAAUAAAAAAGUUAAAGCAUAAUUUAAUCAUAUUAUAUAUAAUAAGCAUAUAAUAAUACUUGUUAAUCUAAAGUAUGUUUCGUCUUGCUCUAUCAAAGUUAAAUAUUGUAUAGUGCUAUAGUGACAAAACGUAUUGCAGCAUAAAAUAUGCUUUGACUUUUUUAUGAAUAUUGCAGUUACUUUUAUGCACCUAAAUUUUGUUACUGUACAGUUGAUUUUUGACAGUUUACUAUUAUUAUUUGCUCUGUCUUAUUCUCGCGUGUUCUCCGCUUCAAAGGCUGUGACAUCGCGGAGCCCUUGGUUGUCAGCGACAAUAUUGAAGAUUCGGCUGUAAUUUCAAAACCGGCCACCAAUUCUUUAAAUUCAACCCUCUUACUGCAAGGCAAUGUGUCCCUUGGUCGCCUUGUACGACAUCCACGGGAGGAUUUCGAGCAGUUCUAUUGAGUGGAUCUACACGCUACGGUUACUAUUAUUGUUUUAACUGACGUUAAAUUAGUUUGGAGGUCUCACGAGAUGAAAAUCUGUUAUAGUAAAAAUAAUUGUCCAUAGACACUAAAAAUAUAUUUUACUUUUUUAUCAAUAAAAGGAAAAAUAAAUAAAUUAAUAAUAUAAACAAUUACUUGUCUUAAACGUUCUUGAAAAGUUUUUUCAUAUUUUAAUAUAUGGUGGGGUGGAGUUUCAAUUAUUACAUUUACGGAGAUUUUAUUUUGGGGGCAAUGGCGCUCGUAUUAACCUGAAAAAUCUCUAAUAUUAAGUUGUAUACUUUUGUAACAGUUGAUAUUGUUUCUACAUAAUAGUAUGUAAAUUGUGACAAAUGUUUGUAUGAAAAUAAAAACACUUUCAUGUGA